AUGGCGUCCCGCAAAGAAGACAGCGGGUCCGCUGGCCUGAAUGAUUUUGUCAAGAAACUCUUCCAAAUGCUACUGCAAGACCAGUACAUGGAUGUUGUUCGUUGGACGGCGCUGGGCAACAGCUUCGUGGUGUUGAACACCAACGAAUUCACCAAGGAAAUCCUCCCGCGGCACUUCAAACAUAGCAACUUUGCGUCGUUUGUGCGCCAGUUGAACAAGUACGACUUCCAUAAGGUUAAGAUUUCUAACGAGGAGAAAUCAACCUACGAGUAUGGCGAGGAUGCGUGGGAAUUCCAGCAUCCUGAAUUCCGCAAAGAUGAUCGUGAUGCUUUGGAGAAUAUCAGGCGGAAAGCCCCGCUCAAGAAGGAACCUUCACUAGACUUGAACUCUCGCUACAGUUCCCAAGUGCUGGCUCUUCGCCUGGACUUCGCCCAGCUCCAACUGGAGCACAAGGCGCUACUGGAUAAAUAUCGCGCCGUUCUCGAGAGCAUGGUGGCGUUCCGCACCUACAACGAGCGCCAAUACCGUCUGAUUGGUGUGCUUGUGCACUGCCUAAACCAAGCUGGCAUUAAAGUGCCUCCGCUCGACUUACCCAACCCCAGCUUGCUAGGAUUGGUGCUGCCUCCUACGGCACUGGCUCCACAGGUACUGCUGUUGCCUGACGUCAAGAUGGAGCCUGAUUCGGGUAGUAUACGCAAUCUGCCUGCUCAAGCUCUGGCUGGUUCACAUCUGAGGUCUCACAGCGAGACAGUCGCUCAACCACUGACAUUUGAACCGGUAACCACGCAGCUGGUUCCCAAACCAAAAUUCCAUGUUUUGCUCGUGGAGGACGACAAUGUGUGCAUUCAACUUUGCCGCAAGUUCUUGAUGAAAUAUGGCUGCCUGGUCACAGUGGUUACCGACGGCUUACAUGCCAUCACUACACUUGAACGUAACAAGUACGACUUGGUGUUGAUGGACAUUGUAAUGCCGAACUUGGAUGGUGCCAGUGCCACCAGUGUAAUCCGAGGCUUUGACACCAAGACUCCAAUCAUUGCCAUGACGGGAAACAUCGAGGACAACGACCUUGUGACAUACCUCCAAACCGGAAUGUCUGACAUCCUAGCCAAGCCGUUCACUAAAGAAGAUCUUUACCUGAUUUUGUCCAAACACUUGCUUGGGAACCCCAAGGACUUUGCGGCGCAGCCUCCUGUGGCAGAUUACCUGAGUCUUCCUCUUGAAAAUGGUCUGCAGCCGCCAAUUGAACUGCUACCUAUUGCAUCCACAAUGACACACCUCAGCCCGAAUAUAGCCCAGAUGAAUCCGCCGUUGUUGGAGUCGAUAGAGCCUAUGGAACAACCUCAGAAAAAGCAGCGUAUGCAAUAA